GUACGUCAUUACGUCAGGACGCAGGGAAUUGCAUUGUGGUCGCCGGUGUAGAAACAGAAACCACCACACACCGAAUUUUAACUCGACGGGACUUUUUAAAGCUGGGAACUUGUGUCCAGCCUGAACAGCCGACAUGUCGUCAACAUCCCAAAAGCACAAAGAGUUUGUGGCCGAGCCCAUGGGGGAGAAGAACGUGAUGGCUCUGGCAGGCAUCGGGGAGGUCCUGGGUAAAAAGCUGGAGGAGAAAGGAUUUGACAAGGCGUACGUCGUUCUUGGGCAGUUUCUGGUGCUGAAGAAAGAUGAGGAGUUGUUCCGAGACUGGCUGAAGGACACCUGUGGGGCAAAUGCCAAGCAACAGCGAGACUGCUUUGGCUGUCUCAAGGAAUGGUGCGAUGCCUUCCUAUAAACACAUAGUCAUUAUUUUCUACUUCUGAAGUCCAAACUGCACAAUACCUCUUCAGCGAUCUUCAUUCAAUUCAGCUGCAACAUGUGUGAACUGACACUACACAGUAAUGGGGCUUAUUGGCACGUGCCCUCCUCAUGGUCUUCAACAAGUAGGUCUAAACUAAUAGUUGCCAACUUCUCUCAGUAAUUGUUGUUGAAGAAAUUUGUAUAGUUGAUGGCACAGUGUGGUAAGGUGAGCUCACUGCCCUCUUCACAGCAGAUAUUUGGAUUUGUUUUAUACGCCACUUGAUGCCACAAUUGUGCACAGCAAUGCGAUGAUGUUAGACGUGUUGGAAAAAAAUGUGAAAAGUUCAAACACCUGCUCUGAAAAAUGUCUACUUUCCAGUGGGAUGCUGCUUGGAUUUAAAUACUCAUAUUAGCCAAGAUAAUGAAAAUACUGCAUAUAAUUUCUCGGCAAGGUAGAAUUUUACAGUUGUUUGAUUCAUUGUUAAUGUACUUGGAAUUUCCCCUUUUAAGCUCAGCACUGCUGAUUUGUUCUGUGUUUAAUUUUCCUUCUUCCUCAAAUUGUUGAUCGCUUCAGCACACUUCUUCUGUGUACUGUGAUAAGCUGUCCCUACACACCAAACAAAUACUGAUCCUUCACUCUUGGGUGCCUGUUGGCUAAGUUUUAAUACCAUGGGCAAUAUCAAUUGUUAACUUUUUUGUUUCUAAUGGGCUCACCUUAUCACUGGUUUAGUUUGUACGGUUCGAUCAACAAUGUUAAGACAUUUUCUUGGUGAGAAAGGUUGUUUACGUGAAGGGGGAUGUGGCCAGUUUUAUGUGAAACACAAAACCUCAAUGUGGUCUCAGCUGAUGUUUUUAAAAAUUGAGCGUACUUAUUAACUUAACUUUAAAUGAAGACAAUACAAGGCCACACCCCACAUCUGUUGGAAGCUUGUUUGGACCUGGAAAUGGAAAUGUAUGUAAAUAAAGUUGCCAAUGAAACAAAUUCAAAUAUUGUCAGAGAAACGUGUCACUCUAUUGCCGAUCAUUGUGUUUAACAUGAGCUGAUUGUUAGUAGCAAGGUAGUCGGACAAUAAGCUACAGUCGAUGUUUAGGGUCUUUAGCUUUUCACGUGUAGGUGUCCUUCAAUGAUCAUUAUGAUAUGAUAUUAGGCAAAUAAUUCCGCUGAGACUCAAUGCUGGUGAUCACCGGGCGGCCAUCUUCAUCCAGAUCAAAGUAUGAGUUGCUGGACUUAUAGGCGAAGAUGUGUUAAAAUCUUCAGAAGUUGCUUUUCUUCCCACAUAUCAGUAAAUGAACCUUUCUGAUCUGUCGUGUGACCCAAAUAAAGAACAUUUCAUUCUUUCAAGUUGCUUUAAAUGGAGGUGAAGCAGCAGUAGGGUUUAACACAGCCCUGACUUUAGUUCAGGGCUUCAUAGUGAAGCUUAAUAUUAUAUCUGACUGUAUUUUUAAACAUGAGAUGCCUUAAUGCAUGCUAGUUUAAGCAUUUAAUUCCAUCUACUGAGCUACAAACUCUGCAAUAGUGCACGUUUGGUGUGUUUCCUCCCUCCACAUUGGUGCUUGCGGUCACCAGCUGUAUCAGGAUAGAAGCGUUGUGUAGCAGCUGCUUGUUCAACACUGGCCCACGUGUGAGCUUUUGAUUGUGGAAAAACCUUCCAGCUUUUAUAUCACUUUUAUUACAAAAUAAAAAGGCAAGUAUCAGAUUUGGACACGCGUGUGUGUUUUUGUUUCAUG